GGCACAGACCAUUGGGGACAACAAGGAAGUUCUAGAUUGACAAGGAAACCCUUGCAUAGGGGCAGAGGACCAGAAACUUCAACACCAGUACAGCCUCAUACAAGAACAAACAGGAUGGGUUUAACACCAUCCACAAAGCAAAACUUCACCAUGACAAGAGCAUCUGGCAGAACAUAUGAUUCAUCAAAAUAUAAAGAUAUUGUUGACAGUAGAUCUUACAAUGCUAACCAGUACAAAAGUGGGAGGACAGUAGAGUGCAACAUGCCUGGACCUUCUCAAUCUGGUAGCAGGUCUCCUGCAAGAUCACAGAAGACUACAGGGAAGAUGUCAGGGAAGAGAUCUCCAGUUGAAGGGGGGAGAUUUACAAGCACAGCAGAAACGGUUAUUCGUCUGGAUGAACGAGACAAAUACAGGCAGCUAGUGGCUCAGUAUACCAAUAUAGAGACACCUGAUAGAUUAGAUCAUGCAUUGAACAGAACAGCAAUAGAUGAACCUCUGCACGUUGAGACUGACUUUCUCAUCAAGACAAGACCCCAUGUCAGGUCUGUAAAUGGAAGCCUACUGUCACCAAGAUCCACCUUAGUACCACCCCCUGUGUCCUUCACUAUACCAGCCUCCCCUCCCCUGUCAUCAACAAGGUUGAAAGUAACUGCAUCUCCUAGGAGAUCAGCCAACAGGUCACACAGGGUCACAGCAGAUGUUAGUUUGUAUUCAAGACCAGGUACAACCAACAUAUCACCUCCAAACAUUAUCAACAGAUCAAGCAACAAAACACUGGACACGCCUGAUAUUCACAAUCCAUUUGGUGAGGACUGGACCACAAAAUGGCGAAAUCUCUUAUCAGAAGACAGGUUAGCCCGACAAAGGGAGAUUUCGAAAGAAGAAAACAAGCUAAAAGCAAUAAAGCAAAAGCGAGAAGAAGAAACACAAGCAAUUAAAGACAAGAUAAGAGAACGACUAAGAAGAAGAAACUUAGGACUGGAUGAAGAUGAGGAAGAAGAGGCAGAAGAAGAAGAAGUAAAAGAAAUAACGGACUCAUUUGUGCCGCUCGCGGAUGAGAUGGAGAGAAUGGUGGAUGCAGCACUAGCCCCUGGGUAUUCUGAAGACCCUCUUGUUGAAGGCUUUCGAGUGACCCUGAAACGAAGUGAUGUGGCAACGCUCAGUAAUCUGAACUGGCUUAAUGAUGAGAUUAUUAACUUCUUUUUCAACCUGAUCAUGGAGAGAAGUAACCAACAAGGGAAUGUGAAAGUGCACGCCUUUAAUUCAUUCUUUUAUCCCAAACUCAUCAAGUCAGGAUAUGCCAGUCUCAAACGGUGGACGAAAAAGGUGGAUAUUUUUGCGAUGGACAUAGUCCUUGUUCCGGUUCAUUUAGGGAUGCAUUGGUGUGUCGCGGCGAUUGAUUUUAAGAAGAAAUGUAUCUCAUAUUAUGACUCACUCAAAGGUUCCAACCCACAAUGCCUGACUGCACUGAGUGAUUACUUGAAAAAAGAAUCUCUGGACAAGCAGAAAAAGCCGUUCGACUCAACAGGCUGGAAGACAGUUUCACCGAAGGAUAUACCAGAGCAAUUGAACGGAUGUGAUUGUGGAGUAUUCGCCUGCAAGUACGCAGAGUAUUUAUCAAGAAGAGCACCGUUCGAUUUUGAUCAGAGACACAUGCCUUAUUUCAGGCGUCGAAUGGUUUACGAGAUUCUAACAAAGAAACUCUUGUGAGAGCCAACCGCUGAAAGAUUCAUGCAGUUCUCUGCCUCACCGAUUCCUUCGUAACAUGCCCUCUGGAGCCCGGACACAAGGAGGAGUAUCUCUUUCCGAAAAUUAUGCCUCGCCAGUCGCCUUAUGUUUUCCCAACACCUUGUAGUUGAGCGAAUUUUUGAGUCUCCUUCUCCAUACUUUUCGUUAUGAUAUCAUUAAAAUUGUACAGUAAAGCUUUUUUUUAAGACCGAAAACGCGAAAUUAAUAUUGGCUAAUUUCGAUAAACUGUUUCAAAAGCAAGAAUGUUAAAGAGCAGGAGCCGUUUGAUGCCUGUAAACUAGCUCUAACAGAUUUUUAUUAUUAUAAGAGCUUUAGUUCUGGUGCUAAUUGUUGAAACAGAAACAGCAGGCAAAACAUGUUGAACAGAAUGAGUGUCUGCUCAAAAUAAUAAGUAUUGUGGGAUGGAAGUUAUUCAAGUGGAAAGUAUUAAAGUGUGGACUGAUUAUUUUA